CUCCGUUUGUUGGCUGUAUUCAAACACUGGGGGGGUGUGUGUGGCUAUGUGCCGGUUAGGGAGGGAGCGCACGAGCGCGCGCGUGUGUGCGGUGUCUCUUUAGGCAGAGACCACGUGUGCGUCUGUGUGUGUGAAAUCACCGCUGUCCUUCAAAGGCUAAGCUCUCCGCGGCGCAACUGGGACAAUCCAAGGUCAUUUCAGUGUGAUCACACGCAGGGUGCUUGGCGGUGUGAUCGCGCGCGUAUGUGUGUGUGUGCGUGCAUGUCUCCCGAGCGUGCGCAUGUGUGAGCGCCUCUUCGGCUACAGCAGAGGAGCUCGAGUCGAAAAGCGGAGGGAACUUCGCCUGCAUUCCUGUCGAUGUAUGGGGUCUGUGGCUGCUGCGGGGCAUUGAGACCCCGAUACAAGAGGCUCGUUGAUAACAUCUUUCCGGAAGACCCAGAGGAUGGACUAGUGAAAGCAAACAUGGAGAAGCUGACCUUCUACGCCCUCUCUGCCCCGGAGAAGCUGGACCGGAUCGGGGCCUACCUGUCGGAAAGACUGUCUCGCGAUGUGGCCCGACACAGAUAUGGGUAUGUGUGCAUCGCCAUGGAGGCCCUGGACCAGCUGCUGAUGGCCUGCCACUGCCAGAGCAUCAACCUGUUUGUGGAGAGCUUCCUGAAGAUGGUGCGCAAGCUGCUGGAGGCCGACAAGCCCAACCUGCAGAUUCUGGGCACGAACUCGUUUGUGAAGUUUGCCAACAUCGAGGAAGAUACUCCCUCGUAUCAUCGCAGCUAUGAUUUCUUUGUGUCCCGCUUCAGCGAAAUGUGUCACUCCACCCACGACGACCCUGAAAUUCGGACAAAGAUCCGCAUGGCAGGGAUCCGGGGUCUGCAGGGAGUGGUGAGGAAGACUGUGAACGAUGAACUUCAGGCCAACAUCUGGGACCCGCGACACAUGGAUAAGAUCGUGCCGUCGCUGCUGUUCAACCUCCAGCAGGAAGGGGGCAGAGAGAGCCAGUCACCCCCACCACUGCCACCAUCACAAGUCUCUGAGAGGGAUGCAGACAGCGCGGCUGAGCUGACAGAACGAUGUUUUCGGGAGCUUCUGGGACGUGCGGCUUAUGGCAACAUCAAAAAUGCUAUCACGCCCGUACUUAUGCAUCUCGACAGCCACUCUCUCUGGGAGGGCAAGACCUUUGCUUGCCACUGCUUCAAAAUUAUCAUGUACUCGAUCCAGUCUCAACAUUCUCACCUAGUCAUCCAGCAGCUUCUGGGGCACCUAGAUGCCAACAGCAAGAACUCUGCCACAGUGCGAGCUGGGAUAGUGGAGGUGCUCUCUGAAGCAGCUGCCAUAGAGGCCAGCGGCUCCAUUGGGCCCACCGUACUGGAGGUGUUCAACACCCUGCUGAAACAGCUUCGCUUCAGCGUGGACUACGAGUUGACCGGCUCCUACGACUCCUGUGGUGACGGUGGCCUCAAGGUCAAGGUGCAUGAAGAGAGGCAGCUGCAGGAGGCGGUGAUCAAGAUGAUCGGGUCAUUUGCCAAUACCCUGCCUGCAUACCAGUGCUCAGAGGUUAUGAUGUUCAUCAUGGGCAAAAUUCCCAUUCCUGGAAUGUACCCGGCCUUUGGAUCUGCCAGCUCAGGGGUUGAAAACUGUAGAAUGAUACAAGUCAUGCUGCUGAAGUCAUUAUUGCAGGUGACGAGAGGCUUCCGGGCCACUAACAUGCUGACAGCUCUGCCCAACUCCUUUCUGGAUCCCCUGCUCUCCUCCGCGUUGAUGGAGGACGCUGAGGUCCGUCUCCUGGUCCUGGAGAUCCUGGUCAGCCUUAUCGACAGGCAUGACAAUCGACCCAAAUUCUGCAUUAUCAGCAUCAUCCCUGACAUCUCCCUACUGAAGCUGAAAGUAGACAAAUGCUCUCGGCAGGACAAUCUCUUCAUGAAUAAGCAUUCCCAGCGUCUGUACCGGCACAUUUUCAUGUCCUGCAAAGAGGAGAGUAGCACCAGGCCACACUUCGAGGCACUGUAUGCCCUGCUUGCCCUCAUCAGCAUGGAGCUGGCUAAUGAAGAGGUACUUGUGGAUCUCAUCCGUCUGCCCCUGGCCCUACAGGACCUGGUUCUGGCCAAUGAAGACGGCCUGCCAGUGUACAACCGUUGCGCCAUCCAUGCUCUGUGCGCUGCCUACCUGAACGUCAUCAGCCAGCUGACCACUGUGCCGACCUUCUGCCAGCAUGUCCAUGAGGUUAUUGAAAAUCGACAGAAGGACGCUCCUUUUCUUUUGCCUGAGGACGUCUUCACUGAAAAUCCCCAAAUCCCCAGGACACUGGAAAAUGUAGAAGGAGGGGUUCUGUUCCUUCAGAGCAAAAUCACAGAAGUUUUGAGAGGCAGUGGGUACAACACAGAGAGACUGGCCACCCCAUACAUUCCACAAUUCACAGAUGAGGACAGACUUUCGAAGAGGAAAAGUAUUGGGGACACUGUAUCUCUACAAAUGGAAGUGGACUCCAGCAACAGCCCAGAAAAAAAGUGCACUCCUGCAGAGGAGAUCACAUUUGAAAUUUUGAAGAAGACCAUUGUGAAUAAUGCUGGUACAGAAGAGCAAGAGCGAGAACGCAGAAAACAAGUGGUUGAGAAGUUCCAGAAGGCCCCCUUUGAGGAAAUAGCUGCCCACUGUGGUGCCAGAGCAUCAUUACUGCAGAGCAAACUCAAUCAAAUCUUUGAGCUCACCAUCAGGCCUCCCCCCAGUCCCUCUGGCACUUUAACUGCGGGGCAACAACAGGAACGAUCUGUCCCUGUUUAUGAAAUGAAGUUCCCCAACCUCUGUGUGUACUAACAUGCAUGGCAAGGAGAUCCUGACCAAGGAAGCAGGAUUGGAACAGCAGCGUCUCUCUUUCUCUAUUGAAAAAUUCAGAAAUCAUCCUUCCUUGUGUUCUUGCUCCUCUUGUUAUACUCCAUGUGCUCAGUCCCACCUACAUUUUGUGUAACAGUACUGACAGGUAACGAUAAUCUCUUGCAAUCUGUUCUGCUCCGAACAAAUGCAGAAACUGACACGACAUCUCCCAGCUACCUGCAGUUGUCAGAGUCCUAAAACUCUCUUGUUCCUUUGUACUGUUGCUACCUUGGGUAUAAUUGUACAGAAUGGGGGUGGGGGUACCCAUGCGCAGAGGAAUCCUUGGUUUAUUCAGAAAAUGUAGCCGAAACAGAAUCCAAGAAUUGCCGUCAGGAAAAGCCGAAACGUCUAAAGCCAGAUCAAGACUGUCAUAAUCCAGAAUUGGAAUGCAAUAUCCAGGGCUGGUAAACACAGUCAAUGACUCAGAAUACACAGAAGGAUCACAAUACAGAUUAUAGCGCUCAGAAAUGUAACAAAGGAGUAUUUAUAGAGGUACUGGGGAAAUAAGCUGCAGGUGCUAAAACUCUGGUGAGUUUGAUCAGAGAAAGUUACAAGUUAUCUGGGCAGGCAUACAGAUCCAGGAUUGUGACUGAUCACAAUAAUAAAUUGAAACGUAAAAUAAGAAUGAUAAUUUUAUAGUAAUAGAACUGUAAAUUUUGAGGCAAAUGUACGCAAUAUGCAAUAUGUAAACAUUACAAUUUGUGAAUUCUGGGACGGUGCCGUUAAAUUUAAGAGAGCCUGGUUUUUGGAGUAAUGUUAUUUAUGGUUUUUGAAUGAAAUUCCAAUUGAAGUUGGUCUAUACUGAAGCUGUUCUUUACAUGAAAUCUAUUGCUAUUCAGGAAUAUGCUGUAGAAGACAUGAGUAAUGAACAUUAUUAAAAUGGAUAGUAUAUGUUUAGGAUUCACCCUUAAACUUAAUCAAGCAUCUGUUACUGUAUGCGCAUGCUAUGUUUUUUUUUUUUUUUUUUUUUACCAAAUUCAGCCAUUAAAUCUCCUCACCAAAGAGCCAUAUUUGAAAAUGUCGUGUAUGAGCAGGUUGCCAGUAGUAUACAUCUCCAGCACUUUUAGGAGUGGGAGGAUCAACUAUAGAUGUGAAGUCCAGUUUCAAACCUUUUUCACUUUCAUUUAUGGUAAUAACUACAAAGUGAAGAAUCUGCAGCGAUUUUGUGAUGAAAUUAUGGUGUCAUUGUUAGUCCUGUGACAGUAUCACUUACUUCCUGGUUGUUUAUUAAUCAUUUUCUGAACCAUAGUUCAAAUCUGGUACAGAAGUGGAUCGUUUAUUUCACUGUACUUUUUGUGCUAUUAUGCUUUCCAUGGUAAGAUUCUUCAGAUAUAAUUUAAUUUAUAAGAAAAGAACAAUAUUUAUGAUUCAUAUAAUUUUGUGGAUUCUGGUAUUUAUGCUUAUGUGUACUUAACAUAUAUAUAUAUCUCAUUUUUGAUUACUGAACUGUACAUUGUUUUUUGUUUUGUGAUUUUCUACCAGAUAUUUUCAAUUCAUAUUCAUUUUAAACUUAAUUAAGCCAUUCUAUGUCUCAGCAGUUGUUUGUAAAAAGCACUUGCUCCUUGCGGCUGUUUGAAUCUUUAUAUGCUGGUAUUGCACAUUUUAAUAAAUGCAGUUUCCCCCCCC